ACUUUUAUUUUCUCUUCUUCUCUCCUAACCUCUUCUCUUCUUUCCCUCUCUCCUCCUUCAUCCCCUUUCUCCCCUAUUUUUUGCUCAUUUUCCCUCUAGUCCUUUACUUCAGUUUUCUCCUCUCUUCCUCUCUUCUUGUUUCCUCCUCUCCUCCGCCAUCUUCUUUCAUCUCUUUCUCCAUUUUUGCUAAUUUUCCUUCCACACCUUUACUUUUGUUUCCUCUCUUCUCUUCUCCUUUCCUCUCUUCUUGUUUCCUCUUCUCCUCCCUUCGCCUUCUCCUCUUACUCUUUCUUUCUAAAUUCACUUAGGGUUAAUUGCUUUCAGCAGGCUUUUCUCUCAGUCCGUCACGCUGCUCUCCGUCAUGUGAUGACACUGUUUGGGCUUGUUAUCGGGGGGCCUGUGGACUGCUGCUCGGCAGAGGAAAGGCCCCGGCACUGCUGCACAUGAACUGGUCGGAUCACUUUAACCUGCAGCUUCCUGGACCCCGGUUGACCACGCCUGCUGCUACAGCCAUGAGAUCCUCUGCAGUGUAGAGAGAAACCCUUCUGUUGUUUGCUGUUUGGGACUGGGUGACAGAGAUCUUAAAUGGCUGAGGAGGUUUUAAUUCCAUCGUCGGGGAAAAUCACAUCGCAACUGACCGGCUCUUUGUUAGCGGUGGCAUUCCUUACCUCCUUUGGGAGCUCCAUGCUUUAUGGCUACAAUCUGGCUGUGGUCAACUCCCCUGCAGUGUACAUAAAGGACUUCUACAACAAAACAGCGCUGAGUCGUAAUGGAACAGGACUCAGUGGGGAGACCCUGACCCUAAUGUACUCUCUCACUGUGUCUGUCUUCGCUAUUGGAGGUCUGCUGGGCUCCCUCAUCGUGGGCAUGCUGGUCACUCGCUUCGGCAGGAAAGGCACAGUGGUAAACACAACGGUGCUGGUGUUUGUUGCCGGGUCACUCAUGGGCUUCAGCAGGAUUUGUAAUUCACCUGAGAUGGUCAUCAUUGGCCGCUUCAUCACAGGGAUUCACUCAGGUAUCUCUCUAAGUGUAGUACCAAUGUAUCUGGGUGAGAUUGCACCCAAGAACCUGCGAGGCUUCCUGGGUCUUGUGCCUAGUAUCUUUAUUGGCACCGGAGUCUUCGCCGCCCAAAUCCUUGGCCUACACGAGCUUCUGGGAAAGGAGGAGCACUGGCCCCUCUUUCUCUCAGUGGUGGUGGUACCCACCUUCAUCCAGCUGAUGCUAUUGCCAUGGUUCCCAGAGAGCCCCAGGUACCUGCUGAUUGAGAAGCACAACGUCCACGCCACCAUCACAGCCCUGAAGUGGUACAGAGCCAAGUGUAACAUCCAGGCUGAGAUUGAAGAGAUGCAGGAGGAGCAGCGCUCUCUGUCGUCAGUGGAGACGCUGUCUGUAUGGAACCUGUUGCUGGAUGACACAGUCCGCCGGCAGGUGGUCAGUGUGGUGGUCAUCAACAUCGGCAUGCAGCUGUCUGGCAUCGAUGCUAUCUGGUUCUACACCAAUGACAUUUUUGAGAAUGCAGGUAUCCCAGCACCAGAGAUCCAGUAUACCACAGCAGGAACAGGGAUUAUAGAGAUCAUCGCUGGACUCAUUGGGUGUUUCACCAUAGAGAAGCUGGGCAGGAGGCCUCUCAUGAUUGGAGGUUUUGCCAUGAUGGGCAUCUGCAGUGCUGGAAUCACAUUUGCCCUAAUUUUACAGGCUCACUUAUUGUUCAUGCGCUACCUCAGUGUCUGCUGCGUGGUCGGCAUCAUCGCUGGCUUCUGUAUCGGUCCAGCGGGGGUACCCUUCCUGAUCACAGCAGAGCUGUUUAAACAGUCCCACCGCCCAGCAGCCUACAUCGUAGGAGGAUCACUCAACUGGCUGUCCAACUUCACUGUGGGCUUCGUCUUCCCCUUCUUACAGAUGUCAGCGGGCUCUUACUGCUACUUGGUGUUUGCCGCCAUUUGUCUUUCCGUGGCCGUCUAUGUCUACAUUGUGAUCCCAGAGACCAAAAACAAGACCUUCAUGGAGAUAAGCCGGAUGUUCUCUAAGAAGGAGGCAGUCCUAGAAACCCAGGGCCUGAUCCACGUGGACCAGCUGAAGCUGAAGAAGAUGAACGGCUAUGGUGGUGUCGAACAUACUUCGCUGGAGUUCGACAGCUCUUCUUCUGUACCUUAACUGGGCUUCAGGUUCUCACUGGGACUUACUCUUCCGUUCAACUGUUUGUACACAUUAACCAAACACCACCUCACCUAGACUCAGUUAAGCUUGACCUUUCACAUGGAUCACACUCAGGGUCAAAACAUUCCUGAAUAUACAGUACAGUUCUGGUAAUUUAACUUAUCAUUUUAAUGUUUUGGUCCAUUUGAGCCAUUAAAUAAAGUUUUGCCCAUUUCUACGAUCAGUACUAAUAACAUUGUAUUCACCAAGAUAAUAGAGUGCUACAGGGAUGACGUAGUUAGCAUCAUCCUGGUUCCCUCGACAUAAAGCCAAUGGGAUUGUUCCAUUAGAUUUUGGAUUAUUGGAGAAAAUAAGAUCUGUGGUUAACAAAGGUUUAUGAUACUUACAUGUUUUGUUCAGCAAAUGAAGACCAAAUUUAAGAUUUGUAAAGCAUAAAUGCCAUCACCAGAAGUAAAAAGCUAACAUUAGUCUAAAAAACGAACUACACCACGGUCGCAAGACUUCAUCACAACUACUAAACUUCCAAUUUCUAAUUGUGAAUAAAAUCUACAAGUUGUAAUGUUUGAGUUAGAAUAGUUUGCAAGAGCAUGACUAUAAACAACCAUUUCUUAGCCACUUGUUAGCAACCGCUUUUUUUAAAAACACCUAAAAACCCAUUCAAGUCAAUUAGAUUAGAAUAGGUUAGACUUUGAGGAGAUGGAACCAGAGUGGCUAAAAUGCUAACUUAGUUCUGGGUUUUAGGAUUAUAUCUCUAUAGCUGAGAUCUGGGCCCAUGGUAACAUCAAUAAGAACACGUCUGACAGGUCAAGAAAUACAAGCAGUCUGACGAUCAGACAGGUUGGAAAUUUGUACAAAUACAAAAUAUCUAUCACAAUAUAUGACCCGCCUCCUGCUUCAUCUUUGACGUAAUUACUGUAGUUUACACACACAGUAUUCCUGCUCAAUGAGGGAUUACCAGCAACAUUUAAGGUGCUUUCACUUUCAGUUUGACAUCCGGAUAAAGCGGUUUUAAACAGUUGGUUUGUGUCUCCAUGUUUCCAGAUCUCAGCAAUUACUUUAUUGUUGCACAGCAACUUUUCAUCACCUUAACAAUGGGUCAUCAUUAUUGGGGUUGGGGGUUGGGUUGUCUGUUAUGGCACUUUAAUAAAAAAUGUCAUGUUACUACUUAGUCAUGUUUGUAAAAUAAUGGGCACCGCUAGCAACAAGCCACCACGUACCUGUAUCUAUUGCCUGAAUGCUAGCAGUGCUUAAGUUGUACAAGUGUCCCAUAUGCUAGCAUGGUUAAACCCAAACCAAUAAAUACAUGUCAGGAUGUAGAUCUAAGGUAGACUCAGCUAAGUUAUCAGAGUUUGUGGACAUGAACACAGCAGCUUGUGGGAGUGUGCAGUAUGCAUGUGACAGAAAUUAACCUUUUACAAAUAAAUGUUUUAAUCUUUUGUAUAUCUAUGAUGUGAAAUUCCAAUAUUUGUGCAUGUUUUGACUGUGUCAUCUUUUUAUUGUAAAGUUAUAUUGCUUGUUAAUAUUGUGUAAGUAAUACAUCUCUUUACCAGCUCUUAAUACACAGUGACUUUACAGACUGUAACAGAGUACUCUGUACUAUUAGCUGUGCAGUAAAGUAUGUUUUUUGAUGAAAUGAAUAUGGAAAAAAGCAAAAGCCUUUUUGAAUUGUUGAAAGAUGACUACAUAAAUUAAAUAAUAUUGUAAUACUG